AUGGUGUUAUUUGCAAUGUUGGUUAUUCUGCCUUUACCUCAAGUGGUAUGCAAGAAUCGCAGAGCUGAAUGUAAGACCAGUGAUCCUCUGCCUUUUCUUCACAAGCAAUAUCAAUCAGGAGACCUCAUAGUUGUGAACAUGUUCUCUCAACUCUAUGUCUUCCAGACAGUGAUGGACUUCAGCAAACGUCCCUCCAAGGAGCUCUUUGAGGACACUGUGAUCAUGACUCCAAUCUAUCAGCACAUCUUGGCCUUAGAAUUUGCCAUCACAGAGAUCAACAGAAAUCCCCUUAUUUUACGCAAUCACACCCUUGGUUUUCAGAUCUUUAACACCUACUUCAUGACAAGUUGGACAUAUCGGGCCUCUCUGGAACUUUUCUCUACAAAAGGCCAGUUUCUUCCUAACUACAAUUGUGAUACACAACACAGACCAAUAGCAGUCCUUGGAGGACCUACAUCUGAUGUGUGUGUACACAUGGCUAUCAUCCUGUCCCUCUACAAGAUGCCACAGUUAAUCUAUGGUUCCUCUAUUGAAAAUAAUAACAGAAGAGAGGCUGUUUCAUAUCUACAAAUUUCUCCAAAUAUAGACCAUCAAUAUAAGGGUAUUUUCCUAUUAUUGCUGUACUUUGGAUGGACGUGGAUUGGCAUAUUGACUACAAAAUAUGACAGCGGAGAGAGAUUUGUACAAAACGUGGUUCCCAUGCUAGCCCAGAAGGGGAUCUGCUCAGCCUUCAUUGAAAUAUUUCCAAUCAUUGAUUAUUCAAACAGGAUUGCUGAGUUGGUAGAAUUGGGACUUGGAAUGUACAUGGUGGUUAUGAAAAGCACAGUGAAUGUAGUACUCGUUCAUGGGCAAAUUCAUGCAAUUAUAAUUCUGAGGUUUCUUUCCACCAACUUGAAAUCAGAAGAUGUACCAUUAUGGAAGAAAGAUAAAGUCUGGAUUAUGACAGCCCAGGUGGGCUUCACCUCAUUUCCCUUUCUAAGAAAUGGUGACCUAGUCUUCCUCCACGGUGCUCUGUCUUUUGCAAUUCACUCAGAGAAGGUGUCAGGAUUCCAAGAAUUUGUCCAGAUGAAGGACCCGGUCUUAGAAAAAGAAAAUACUUUUCUCAAGCUAUUCUGGGAAAGUGCUUUUCAAUGUUCCUUCUCCAUCUCUGCAAUGGAGGAGGAAAAUGUGGUUCCCUGCACUGGGAAGGAGAAUCUAGAAGCUCUUCCCACAUCUGUGUUUGAAAUGGACAUGACUAGCCACAGCUACAGCAUCUACAUUGCCAUCUGUGUGGUGGCCCAUGCUUUGCAUGACUUCCAUUCAUCAAUAGCAGCAUACAGAGCUAGGAAGCAUGAAGCCAAACUGGAACCUCUGGAUGAAAAACUGUGGAAGCAUACAGUUUAUGGAAUGGAUGUCAGCAGUGAUGUUGAGGAUGUCUUUGUUCCAGAUAUGGAUGAUUGUUUUCAGUGUCCAAGUGAUCAAUACGCAAAUGCGAACCAGGAUUUGUGUCUUCCAAAGAUUGCAACAUUUUUGAUGUAUGAAGAAACUUUGGGGAUCGUUUUGGUCAGUUCUGCUCUUUUCUUUUCUUUGAUCACAACUGGAAUCCUUUGGAUCUUUAUUAAGCAUCAGGACACUCCCAUAGUCAAAGCCAAUAACCGGAAUCUCACCUAUGCUCUCCUUAUUGCUCUCUUCUUGUCUUUUCUUUGUUCAUUUUUAUUCCUUGGAAAACCAGGUAAGGUGACGUGCCUCCUUCGCCAAACUACCUUCGGGAUCAUCUUCUCUGUGGCUAUUUCUUGUGUCUUGGCCAAAACCAUCAUUGUAGUUCUGGCUUUCAUGGCCACCAAGCCUGGGUCUAAGAUGACCAAAUGGGUGGGGAGAAGAUUGGCCAUGUCCAUUGUGUUAAGCUGCAGUUUAAUUCAAGGAAUUAUUUGUACUAUAUGGGUGACAACUUCUCCCCCAUUUCCAGAUGCUGACACCAAUUCAGGGUCCGAAGAAAUCUUUCUGCAGUGUAAUGAAGGUUCAGUCUUCAUGUUCUCCUGUGUCUUGAGCUACAUGGGUUUCCUUGCCAUUAUCAGCUUCAUGAUGGCUUUUCUAGCAAGGAAAUUGCCUGAUGCUUUCAAUGAAGCCAAGUUUAUUACCUUUAGUAUGUUGGUCUUCUGCAGUGUCUGGUUGUCCUUUAUUCCAACAUAUCUGAGCAUCAAAGGAAAAUACAUGGUUGCUGUGGAGAUCUUCUCUAUUAUUGCUUCUAGUGUUGGGUUACUGGUUUGUAUUUUUUCCCCUAAAUGCUACAUCAUUGUCUUGAGACCUGAUCUGAACAACAGAGAACAGCUAAGAAGACAAACCUACAGAAAAACAUAA